AGGGGUUGCGUUUUUGGUUUAUAAGCGCUUCAAGAUCACAAUCAUGUUCCUCCCGGCAGAGACCCAACAUGUGUGGUGACUGAGGGAAGUGGACUGGCAGCUCAUCUAGUGAUCAGUGGGUGGUGGUGAGUCUUCUUCCUUCUGGGCAUCACAGACGGCUGAGUUGAAGUAUAUGAUGGGGUGUGUUAACAUGAAGAGGACUGUACUCAGCUCAAGGAAGAUGCGCCUCCUCCUCUCCUUUCUCUGUGUUUUACCACUGUGUCUUUUCAAUGGAUGGCCGAGAGGGUUCCAGGCACUGAGAGCCAUAAAUCUCUUCACCUUCCGUAAUGGGAGCACCAGUAGAAACGUCACCAUCCUGCUGUGGCACUGGCCUUUCAGAAGGCCAUUCAGCCUGAAGGGUGACGUGUGCUGGGACCUCUAUCGAAUCCCUCGCUGCAGACUGGUGGCCCAGCGCUCCUUGUUCCCGUCAGCUGAUGUGGUCGUGUUCCACAACAGAGAGCUGGCACUGGGUCACCACAAGCUGCCCCUUAACCUCUCACGGCCACAGGGACAGCGGUGGGCCUGGAUGUGCCUGGAAGCCCCGACUCACAAUGACAAAUUAUGGCAGUAUGCAAAUAUCUUCAACAUGACCGUCACCUACAGGAGAGAUGCUGAUAUCCCAAUACCCUACGGUGAGCUGCUACCAGAGGAGACUGAAGGACAUCUGGUUGAAGAAGUCCCUGUGAAUAAGAGCUUCCUGGUCUGUUGGGUGGUCAGCCACUACAGGAGCCACCACCGGAGAAGCAAAGUGUACAAAGAGCUCAAUGCCGCAGUUCCUGUAAAGGUUUACGGUCGCUGGACAAAGAGUCCCCUCUCCUCUAAAGCCCUCUUACCUACAAUCUCUCGCUGCUACUUUUAUUUGGCUCUUGAGAACUCAGUCAGCAAAGAUUAUAUCACAGAGAAGCUGUGGAGGAAUGCUUUCCAAGGCGGGGCGGUGCCUGUCGUCCUGGGACCGCCAUUAGAUGAUUACAAAGCUGUGGCUCUGCCUCAUUCUUUCAUCCACGUUGAUGAGUUUGCAUCAGUUAAGGACUUGGGGAAGUAUCUUCAAGAACUUGCAGGGGAUGAAAAACGCUACAAUGAAUACUUUACCUGGAAACGUCAGUGGAAAGUGAAGUUGUACACCGACUGGAGGGAGAGGCUGUGUAAGAUCUGCUCACAGUACAACAAUCUACCUCAGGAGAAAGUUUACUCCAACCUAGAGGCCUGGGCCAAUGCGAACCACACUUGAGCUUGCAUAAUUAUGACUCACUUACCGUAGAGAUCAAUUAGCAGCCUUGAGAUUUAAGAAACCUCAUCCAAAGUAAAUAUACUCUGGAAACAUGUGUAUGUACAUAUAUGCAGACAACUGACAUGCUUCAAAUACUUGAUAUUCAUUAAUCCAUAUAUUGACAUCCCUAGCACUAUAACACAUGCCUGACCUCACCAGGAUUAACAGAAUAGUCUAACAGUUUGGGAAAAGGUCUGAUUACCUAUCUUGCUUGAGUUUUAGACACGCUCAUCUGAGAAUGGCUAUUCCUUUAAUUUAACUCAAGCACACGGAUAUGAACACAGGCCCCCCAUUACUGUGUAUUCAGUCCUUUCAAUAUCUGCAUAUUGUACAUUUUCAUAAUACUGGGCUAUUCAAUAAGGCAUGCACCAUGUUGAAGGAUUUAAUAUUUGUUUGUUUGUCAUUUUACAUUUGUAGUUGAUGUAAUAAAUGCAUAAUUUGA